AGCGCAGCAUUGCAUGCAGCCGACCUGUCUCCUGUCCUUUUGGAGCCGUCCGGAGCUGAAGUUCUUCGUUAGAAGGGCUUUUGGAGCAAUACAAACACGUUGAUAAACCAUAAUGGCAGCAUUACUGUUCCGUCCACUGUUAAACAAGAAGGUUCUCUUCCAGCUGGGUCGCAUGUGUUACUCCUCUUCGGUGCCCACCACCAAGCUAUUUAUUGAUGGAAAGUUUGUUGAGUCCACCUCGUCUGAAUGGCUGGACAUUCACAACCCUGCGACCAAUGAGGUAGUGGGACGCGUUCCCAAAGCCACUCAGGGAGAGAUGCUGGCGGCUGUGGAUUCCUGCUCUAGAGCUUUCCGGUCCUGGUCUGAGACCUCCAUCCUCAGCAGGCAGCAGAUCUUCCUGCGGUACCAGCAGCUUAUUAAGGAUAACAUUAAAGAACUGGCAAAAAUAAUCACCUUGGAGCAAGGCAAGACCCUGGCUGAUGCAGAGGGAGAUGUAUUUAGAGGACUGCAGGUGGUCGAGCACGCCUGCAGCAUCACAUCCUUGAUGCUCGGGGAAACCUUACCCUCCAUCACUAAGGACAUGGACACUCACACCUACCGGCUCCCUCUCGGCGUCUGUGCCGGCAUCGCCCCGUUCAACUUCCCCGCAAUGAUUCCCCUGUGGAUGUUCCCCAUCGCCAUGGUGUGCGGCAACACGUACCUGAUGAAGCCCUCUGAGCGCGUUCCAGGCUGCACCAUGCUUCUGGCUAAAAUGCUGCAGGAUGCUGGGGCCCCAGAUGGUACGCUCAAUAUUAUCCACGGACAGCAUGCAGCUGUGAACUUUAUUUGUGACCAUCCGGCCAUCAAAGCCAUCAGCUUUGUGGGAUCCAACCAGGCAGGAGAGUACAUCUAUGAACGGGGCUCUAAGAAUGGAAAGAGAGUCCAGUCCAACAUGGGAGCCAAGAACCACGGUGUGGUGAUGCCUGAUGCCAACAAAGAGAAUACGAUCAACCAGCUGGUCGGUGCUGCUUUUGGAGCAGCUGGCCAGCGCUGCAUGGCUCUCUCCACUGCUAUUUUUGUUGGGGAGUCUCGUAAAUGGCUGACAGAGCUGGUGGAGCGCUCCAAAUCGCUGCGCGUUAACGCAGGCGAUCAGCCCGGAUCUGAUGUGGGUCCCCUGAUCUCCCCUGAAGCCAAGGCCAAGGUGGAGUCUUUGAUCCAGAGCGGAGUGGACGAAGGCGCUAAGCUGCUGCUCGACGGGAGAAAAGUUCACGUCAAAGGAUAUGAAAAUGGGAACUUUGUAGGACCCACCAUCUUGAGCAACGUUACGCCCAACAUGAAAUGCUACAAGGAGGAGAUCUUUGGACCCGUGCUCGUCGUCCUGGAAGUUGACACUUUAGAUGAAGCCAUCUCGUUAAUCAACAGAAACCCGUACGGCAACGGCACGGCUAUCUUUACYACCAACGGAGCCACAGCUCGCAAAUACACACACGAGGUGGACGUCGGCCAGGUUGGUGUGAAUGUACCCAUCCCCGUCCCCCUMCCCAUGUUCUCUUUCACCGGAUCCAGAGGAUCCUUCAGAGGAGAUACCAACUUCUAUGGCAAGCAGGGCAUUCAGUUCUACACUCAGAUCAAGACUGUCACGUCRCAGUGGAAAGCUGAGGAUGCUACGCUAACAAGCCCAGCAGUUACCAUGCCAACCAUGGGACGCUAAUAUAAAAAAACCCUUUUAUUCUUUUACCUUUAAGAACUUUGGAGAGUUAGAAAGUGGUUCCAUGUCCUUUUUAAUACUCAGAACAUUAAAAAAAUGGAUAUUUGCAAUGCUUAAACAACCAUGUUUAUUCGAUUGUGGAAUAAACACAAGCUACAUCUUUAUUUUCCUUUAGCAAUGCACUUCAUUUCUGCACAAAAACGAUGAUGAGAAUAUCUGUGUUAAAUUGUUGUGUUUUAUACACUAGUUUCCAGGAUUUGUUCUGUGCAGAUUAGGAGUUUAAAAAUGAGUUGUGGUUAGUCGCUGUGCUGCAACAGCACGUCUUCCAGGAGUUUUCUCUGUAGUUUGUGAGCCACUGUGUUCAUCAGAUGUUGGAGUAAACACUUGAAAUGUGAAUGGAACAAAUGAUGCAUCAGAAUGUGAACAUAAACACGUUUUACUACAUUAAAACAGAAAAAAAAA